AUGUCAAUCAACCCGAAAUUUAAACUAUUCAAGAUCCAAACCUCAACCCAACAGGCCCAAAAACAAUCGGGUAGUGAUGAUUAUGAUGAUGAUGCUCGUCCGAGCAAGCAGAACCACGUCAAGCUGAAGAGACUGAAAGGUGGCCAGAAACAGAAGCGGGAUAUUUUCGAAGCCACGUCGAGCAUACUAUCAGAUUACGACGAGUUGGAAAUCAUUGAUGAUGACCAGUCGCUGUAUGUUCUAUUCAAUCCAAAGACUGGCAGCAGCAAAAAUGAAGAAGACGAUAUCCUUUCGCUUACAAAUACACUGAGGGCGGCAGACUCGAAAGUAUCCGACAACGAGGACGAAGAGGAGGACUACGACGAUGAUCAUGACGAAGAGGAGCUCCAGGAGAAUCGAAACGAGGAGGAUGACGACGGCAUGCAAACUGACACCGAAGUUUACGGUAGAUUGUCAAACAAAAUCAACAGCUGGUACAAUUCAAACAUUCUCAAAUCAACUCGAUCCGCCUUGGAUGAGAAUGUGGCCAGCUGGAACUUGGAUGAAGAAGAUGUAAUGGAGGAGGAGCAGGAGGAGGAGGAGGAAGAAAUACAAAAUGAAAGUAGCUACAUUCUAAGCUCAUCUUCUGCAACAGCAGCAGCAGCAGCAACAGAAAACCUGCAACAACUGCUAGACGAAAGCAAGAAGCUUUUAACUGAAUUUUACGGCGAUGAUUUGUUCAAAUAUUUGGAUCAAGACGACAUUGCGCAAGUUAAAAAAUUCCAUAAAUACAUUGACAUCAAAAACUACUUGCUAAGUAAAGACCACCGACCUGGUCUGGUUGAGAUCACCAACUCCCCACUACUCAAACAAUUAAUCUACAAGCUCCUUUUAAUCAAUAACCAAACUUCAACAAAUGAAAAUCAAGGAUAUUUGCCACCAUACCAGCAGCCAAUAAACAUGGGCGGAACGGACUACAUCAACUAUCUAACCAAAGAUGUCCGCCAUUACGAUCAUCUUCAACACGCCAUCGAGCCUGCCACAUUUUCCGAAACCACCGGUGGCGGAUCAUCUUUGAUCAUGUGUGGCGGAGUGGGGUUUGGAAGCAAUGCUACCUGGAAUGACAUUUAA